AUGAAAAGUGUUUUCACUUGCGGAGUCAAUGUGGAUGUUCCGAAACAAGAUUUCACGUCCAAGUCGAAAGCCGCCUUCGGGCUUUUGUGGGCGGACGCCAAGUUCGCCUUUUCCAAGUCGGACAUCCUCAAAUGGUCCAUUUGGUGGGCGUUUGGGACUUGCGGAAAUUUCCAAGUCGGGAAUUAUAUCCAGCCCCUAUGGGAAGAAAUUGCCCCUGUCGCUGACAACGAGAUUUACAACGGUGGUGUCGAGGCUGUUACAACUCUUCUCGGUGCUGUUGCUGCAUUCAGCGUGGCUUACGUGGAUUUCGACUGGAAUCUAGUUGGUGACCUGGUGCUCUGCAUUAUUUCUUUGAUCGAUGCCGCGACUCUGGUACUUAUGGCGCUCACGGAUGAUAUUUGGGUUGCAUACGUCAGUUACGUCGUCUUCCGCAUGUCUUACCAAACCAUGAUCACCAUAAUCAGUUACCAAGUAGCCAAGGAAAUCCGACCCGAUAGUUACGGACUCAUUUUCGGAGUGAACACGUUCUGCGCUUUGUUGCUUCAAACAAUUCUGACCAUGGUCGUGGUUGAGCCCUUUGGACUCGGCUUGGGACCCAGGAAACAAUUUGUGGUGUAUGGUGGUUACUUUGGUUCGCUGGGAAUCCUGUUCCUGGGUUUCGCUGUCUACGUGCUCUGCUUCAAGAAGCCUGUCACUAAGAAGGAGUCCUGGGAGCAGGAAAGUGUUCCGAGGGAAGAACCGCCCGUGGGUCUCACCGAAUCAUUUUGAAAAAAACAAAAACAUUUGUAUUCUUCUGUCUUCUUUCGACGCCAUUUUUUAAAGUUUUUCUUUUCUUGUGCUCUCAAUUUCAAAACAAGGGGCAUUCAGGAAAUAUGACAGCAUCGCUUGCCUCGCCUGAAGCCUGAAAUGUGGGUCUUUUCAAGUAUUAUUAGCACUUACCAGUAUUACCAGUUUUUUUUUUUUUUAAUAACGUAGCUCUCAUUUUUUCAAAAUUUAUAUGUGAACUCGGGAGAGACGCACUGUUUUCGUGAAAAAAGUUGCUUUAAAAAAUAUAAUUUCCGAAAGGGGCAUUCAAAAAACGUGGUUAGCUAGAAUUGGGUUUCUUUGGAUCCCAACAAGCACAGUAUCACCAUGUUUAAAAAUAAGAGAAAAAAAUACACUGCUCUUCUCUUACGAAAUUAUAUUGAAACUGGAAUAAAUGUAAAACGAGAAGCGUUUUUCGUGAAUGAAGUGGCUUUGAAAAAUCAGCCUGCGUCGAUUUUUAGUGUCUUGAAUCUAGUGGCGUUUCGAAUUUGAAGAUUGAAUUAUUGGUGCAUCCUGACGAGCUCGAUAUUGUGAUUGAAAAUUGUAUAAAACCCAAUAAAACAUAGCCGUACUUUAAUAUCUAGCUGUAGGUCAUAAUUUAUUUUAGAAUUUCUGAGAUGAAGCUUGAUGAAUAAAAAAAAAAUAACACUCAAAGCAGGUCAAAAAUCAUCACUUCAUUGUAGUGUCUUUUGUCGAUGCAGUAAAUUAUGAAUAAUAAAAAUUUGAUACUUGUAUCAAACAAUUUCUAUUGCUUGUCUUCGCAAAUUGCCUGUCGAUGAAGAAACUACUGUACACCUAUUCUGCC